CGGGGCCGGGCGAGCCGGGGCGCCGCGUUCGGGCUCCGGGCAUUCGGAGCUUCGGGAGCCGAGCGGGAGGCGGAGCGCGAUGGCGGCGGUCGCUGGAGAGGCGCGCCGGGUGCUGGUGUACGGCGGGAGGGGCGCGCUCGGCUCCCGAUGCGUGCAGGCGUUCCGGGCCCGCAACUGGUGGGUUGCCAGCAUCGACGUGGUGGAGAAUGAAGAGGCUAGUGCUAGUGUCGUGGUUAGAAUGACGGACUCAUUUACGGAGCAGGCCGACCAGGUGACAGCUGAGGUCGGAAAGCUCUUGGGUGAAGAGAAGGUGGACGCAAUCCUUUGUGUGGCUGGAGGAUGGGCCGGAGGCAAUGCCAAAUCCAAGUCUCUCUUUAAAAACUGUGACCUGAUGUGGAAGCAGAGCGUGUGGACGUCGAUCAUCUCCAGCCACCUGGCCACCAGGCACCUCAAAGAAGGAGGCCUCCUCACCUUGGCUGGUGCCAAGGCCGCCCUGGACGGGACUCCCGGGAUGAUUGGCUACGGCAUGGCCAAGGGUGCUGUUCAUCAGCUCUGCCAGAGCCUCGCCGGAAAGAACAGCGGCAUGCCCUCCGGCUCUGCGGCCAUCGCCGUGCUCCCGGUUACCCUGGAUACCCCGAUGAACAGGAAAUCAAUGCCCGAGGCCGACUUCAGUUCCUGGACGCCCUUGGAGUUCCUGGUUGAAACCUUCCACGACUGGAUCAUAGAGAAAAACCGACCGAACUCGGGGAGCCUCAUCCAGGUGGUAACCACGGAGGGAAAGACGGAGCUCACCCUGGCAUAUUUUUAAGCUUCGUCUCCGUGCCUGCUGGAGACUUGCCAGAAAAGUUGUUUCUCUCAGUGUGUCUGUGUAGGUCCUUUGUUUUCUGUCAUCUGGUUUGUGGUAUGAGAUACUGAGUCCUGUUGUCCUCUCUCCUAAUGUGCGUUGUUCUCCCAGGACAGUGUAAAAUGUUCAUGUGAAAUAAGGUAUGAGGGCGGAGGCCUGUAAUAGCACAGACGGUCUGUUAGCUGCGCGAGUUUAGGAGGUAUCCAGCAGAGCCUCUGGGUCUGCAUCCUCCUGAAUUGCAUUUGAGACUUGGAUUCAGUCCUGAACAGGGUCUGUCGACCUGACUAGUUUAGAGAUGCGUUGAUACUGGGGACGUUCGGGGGCCUUAGUUUUGAAUGUUCUGUUUAUAUCACACACAUCGUGUUUGUAGCCGCCCAAUUGAACUGCCUUAAAACUCCUUUUGUGGUGUAAGCAAAAUCCCGUGGACUCUGUUAAGAUAUCUUGUCCUGUGAGGUUGCCAAGUGUACUUCCGAGCUACUUGUUAUUUGGAGUUUAUCUUCCUAAUAAAUGCACUUCAUUUA